AUGCGCAAGGAACUCGCCGAGAUCAUACGUGGGCUCUCUUCCAGAUCAUUGCCAGAGAUUGGUCUGGCCCUCACUGCCCUCGAAGCGUAUCUAGCAUCGCUUUCGCCGAGCCUAGAGCAGUUCAGCAAGACCAAUACGCUUGAUCUGCGGCUCAACGCGCUCAUUGCGCUUCAGGAUUCGUUCCAGUAUAACGUGGUAUCGCUGCUUCUCGAGGCCUUGGCAUAUCUCGGCCAGAGCGCGUCUCCAGGCGAGACGUCACAGCUUCUAUUACUCAACCAUUGCAUGUGUGGGAUGCUCUUGAUCCAUAGCGAUUCGCGCAGAUUGUUCGAGCGGCGUACAAACAUGGACCUUGUGUUAUCGCUCCUCGAUAAGCUGCAUCCCUUGUGCACGCCGAAAGUGUGCAUCUCGGUGUUGUCGUUGUUGGUGCAUGUUCUCGUCAAAUCCUCCGCCAAUCUUCGAGUGUUUGAGGCUGCGGAAGGAUGUAAGAUCGUCAGCCAGCAUCUACAAGUAAUCAGUGCCAGUGCUGGUGAGACUGAGCCUGGAACGGAGGAUCUUUCGUUGAAGGUGGUCGAGUUUUUCAUUUUCUAUCUCACCGACGAAUCGGGCCUUGAGGGCCAAACACGUUCUAUCAAGUAUAAGGCCGAUAUUCUCCGGCCACACUUUGCCGGAAUCGACGAAUUGCUCCGGAACCUAGAGGAAAUCACCACUUUGAAGGCUCCCGCUGCACACCAUCUCAUGAACGGACCAUAA